AUGAGUUUUGCUAUUGGUUUUACAGCCUUAUGCUUUUAAGCAUUAGUUUUGUAUCCUUGUCAUGAAACAAUCUCUGAGUAAGUACAUAAAUUAGAGGACAACAUUACAAGAUUAGAAUAAAUGGAAGUAGAACUAAAAACACACAUGGAAAAGAAUCAAGAUUUAAUUAAGUAAUAAAUAUUGAAGAAUGCAAAACAUAUCUGA